UAAAAAAAAAACAUAUUCACCUUGUUCGGCCUACAUAUAAAACAUACUACAUAAGCAAAGGUUGAACGGACACGGGGCAUCCAGCAGGCUAGAAGCGGAAAGUGCGUCAAGUAAGCGUCAUGUCUCAAACAAAUCCUGUUACCGAAGGACCCCAGCAAACUGCCUCUGCGUAUCAAGAAAUAAACAAGGUUUUGUCAGAUCAACGCGCUAAAGUACCCAAACAUGACUCUAUUCCAUAUGACCGGCAAGUGCAGAAGAAGUCUACUAUGGCUUAUGAUAAUCCACUGUUUAAAGAUUCAAACGUCAAAAACUGUGAUCAAGACUCGCAUAAAAUCAAUGAGAGAGGGAUAAAAGGAUCUUCUUCUGAAUCAAAAGGUUGUUACAAUGCGGCUUUCCAGUCAGAUACCCAUCUGCCGCCAGAGGGCGCUUUAGCUUUUCCUGAAACUGAACAAGGGAAAGUCUCUGAUUCCCACUUGGCACAUGUCCACCGUGCACACACAGACGAGGACGAAGAGGGAAAAGGGGUGAAAAACACUGAAGUAAAUCUAAAGCCUUUCCCAGAAGCAACAACACAUGAGCGCGAAGGGACGGUGAAGAGAAUUUCGUCCUUUGACAACUCUUGCUCAGAAACCAGUUCAGCACCGGUCGCUGACAACAUAGACACAAUGUCCUCACAAGCUGUAACUCAGAAAGUUGUCCUGGAUGGAACUGUAGAUGGCGAAAAGAAAAUACUAGCCGAAACAAAAGAUGCCAAAAAAGCUGAGUUACCGGAACGAGAAACUUGGGGGAAAAAAGUGGACUUUCUUCUCUCUGUCAUCGGGUUUGCCGUGGAUUUGGGAAACGUUUGGAGGUUCCCCUAUGUCUGUUACUCCAACGGCGGGGGGGCCUUUCUCAUCCCAUAUAUCGUGAUGUUGAUCUUCGGGGGUCUCCCCCUAUUCUACAUGGAGUUAGCCCUGGGGCAGUAUCAGCGAAGCGGCUGUUUGACGGUGUGGAAGAGAAUUUGUCCGAUGUUCAAAGGCAUCGGGUUUGGCAUCAUUUUCAUUGCCACCUGGGUCUCAUUCUACUACAACACCAUCAUCGCCUGGGCGUUCUAUUACCUCUUCUCUUCCAUGGCGAGUGAAGUGCCGUGGGCCACCUGCGGAAACCCUUGGAACACGGACAACUGUACAACAUUCCGAGACAGGUCGCUAAACAAAACGUUGGCCAAAAAUAACUAUUCCAAGCUUGCUUCUCACGAAUUCUUUUAUCGUGGAGUUCUUGAGCUACAAGGUGAAGGUCAUGUGGACGACAUCGGUAACAUUGGUCCAGUCAAAUGGCAGAUUGCGCUAUGUCUCAUGGCCGUCUUUGUUUUAGUGUAUUUUGCACUCUGGAAAGGAGUCAAAACAUCUGGCAAGGCUGUGUGGUUUACCGCUACUAUGCCGUACAUAGUACUGUUCAUCCUGCUUAUCCGCGGCGUUACUUUGGAAGGAUCAUUGAGUGGUAUUCUCUUUUAUCUCAGACCGGAAUGGGACCGGCUACUUGUUACACAGGUUUGGAUAGAUGCUGCGGCACAGAUCUUCUUUUCCCUGGGACCCGGCUUUGGUGUCUUGCUGGCACUUUCAAGUUACAACAAAUUUCAUAAUAACUGCUACAGUGACGCGUUGCUGACAAGUUCCAUCAAUUGUGCCACCAGUUUUCUGGCAGGAUUCGUGGUGUUCUCAGUGCUGGGGCACAUGGCCUUCAUGGAGGGCAAGGACAUCAAAACUGUCGCACAAGAUGGACCUGGUCUAGUCUUCGUCGUGUACCCAGAGGCCAUAGCGGCACUGCCGGGUUCCGUGUUCUGGGCAAUCAUCUUCUUUCUUAUGUUAAUCACUUUGGGACUGGACAGCACAUUUGGAGGGCUUGAAGCACUGAUCACAGGGAUAUGUGACGAGUUCCCGCAGACUGUGGGUAAAAGACGAGAGUUGUUCGUGGCUGGACUGAUGGUCUACUGCUUCCUUGGCGCUCUCUCAACGACCACAGAGGGCGGAUAUAACGUGUUCGUAUUACUAGACUCACAUGGUGUCCCCAUCUCAAUUCUCUUCAUCGUUUUCAUUGAAGCUAUUGCGGUGAACUGGUUUUACGGGGUGAAUCGUUUCAGUGGUGAUAUAGAAACGAUGCUGGGAUUUCAACCUGGUAUAUAUUGGAAAAUUUGCUGGGUGGCUAUCAGUCCCGUAUUCCUGCUGACCCUCUUCAUUCUUUCCAUCGUGGGGUACAAACCGCCUGUAUACACCCACGACGAACCUUUCCCUGGCUGGGCUAUUGCUAUAGGCUGGAUGAUCACGUUAUCGUCUCUGAUCCCGAUACCAACCUACGUCGUAUACCUGCUGCUUACGUCUAAAGGAGGGCUGAAACAGCGUUUGCUUGCAAUGAUCGAGGCAAAAGAAAAGCCUCCAGUAAGUGAAAAAGAAGCCAUAUGUUCUGCGCCAGCGACUCACUACUUGUAAUCACACCAAUGGACAAAAAAGAAUUCUUCCUCAAAAAGACUCAAAUUUUCCCUAUUAAAACUUCGGUAUUAUACAUAAUGCUUUGCAGAUUAUUGUCUUUCUUUUCAAAUGACGUGUUGGUUGUGUAUGUCUAAACAAUUUCCUUUUCAAAGACGAGAAUCAAUAGGAAACCAGUGGAGUCCAAAAUGUCGAAAACCAAAGAUCGCCCUUUUUUUUCUCUGCACAGUAACUUACAAUUUAAGGAGUACCAGAGGGCCGACAAAGUGCACAAGUGCUCAAACUGUAAGACCGCUAGUUAGAUGCCUCCUUCUCGGAACUAACGGCAGUUACUCCAUCUGACAGCAAUAAAUUCCGGAUGACCAGAAUGAGGCUAGUUUUAGGAAUUUGCCAAAGUUUUAACGACCAGUUUGAAAGGAGUGAGUGUGGAGUGAUAGAAAUGUUGUUCCUGUAUGUUAAAUAUUGCAGAUUGGUUCCUAUCCAUAGUUCUUUAAUAAUAAAGAAUUUUAUCAAAU